AUGGAAAAGUUCUACUUGUUCCUCACGCCCAUAAUAGCAAGCAUGAUUAAGGUACUGAGAGGGCAAGUUUGUAAAGAAAAUGACGCAGCACUGCGAGGGGUUAAAUUCAGAGCGGUAAAUUUUGUUUUCUUGUUAUAAGUUGGGUGAUCAAUCAAGUCAGCAGUAACUUUCUUUAAAACGAAUGUUGUGUCAUUUCCCAGUGCAGGGAUGGAAAGGGGCGUCGGAAAAGCGAAUUAAGGGAGCUCUCUUACAAAUGAUAUAAACUGCCAAUUUUCUCUAAUACCCCAUUCACACCAAAGCUUAAACAUGUUUUAAAGUUGUUUUGUUAUACUAGUAGAACCAUCUUUACCUAAUAUUUCCUACUUAAAAUAUAGCACAUUGGAAAUGCAAGUUAGCAAGUACUUGAAUCCUACGCAAAAUUAAAUUUUUCCAGUUUUCUCUUUGUGAUUUUCAUUCAGUAAAAGUCAAUUUAACAAAACGUGUUUUGCUGGUGUGAAUAGGGUAUAAAAUGCGAGUUUACGUAAGAUAAAGGAACAUUAGAUAACGUUGGGUAGAAUCGCAGUGGAGAGACUAUUUCAGACACAGGUAGAUGUGAUUCAUUCAAUCUCAUGGGUUGAACAAAUUCUAGACGAGUAGAGUGGUAAAGGUAAUUUGAGCCCUGAUGUUUUAUGAUCAUUUAGCUAAGCAGAGAAGGAUUUAGUGUCCAAUUUCUCUGGUCUUAUUUUUUCUUAUUUUAUCAACAGAUUCCUUUCUCCUGUUACACACUUUUCUCAAUAUUUUAGCUGAUUGAGCAACAUGCGUUACAGAAUUGAAAAUUUAUUUUAUAGUCUCAGGUGUAGAUGUAGCAUAAAGCAAGCUGUUUCAUGACCAUGAUUUUUUAAAUGAAUCUAAAAGUUAGGUAAAGUUGCUGCAAUUAUUUAUUUGUUCACUGUUGCCUGUACUUCUGUUCCUAGCUUAAGAUGUAUUGUUUCCAAAUUUUUUCUCAAAGAUUUCCCACUGCAUCUUUUGUCCCUAGAAAAGUUAUAUGAAUUGUACUUCAUGUGACUGUUGAAGUCAGCAGAAGGAAAAUACUCUGCAAGAGCUCAUCGAAAGUUGGUUGUUAUGUAAAAAGUAAGCUGUCUGCAGGCUUUUCAAAGUGUAGUAAAAUCUUAUGUUGGGUUGUAACUGGAUUUUUAAAGAAAGAGGCCCAUGCAAAAAGUUUGUAAGUGGCCUUGUAAGUAUUGACUGUAGGGAUAAAUCAGAGCAUCGAAAGGCUCUACUUCGCGGCAUGCGUACGUUUUAUAGCAAAUCAAUUGCAUAUCUGCAGUCUUACCUCCCAUGUUAAAAACCCCUGAAGAAGGAAAGUGCAAGUGGUGUGAGGGCAAUUGCAAGUCUGGCAAAAACAUAGCAGCUUCAGUUGGAUGUCCGCAUUCUUCAAGAUGAGUGGUAGGCUUAUUCUGUCGAUGAAGAUGUUGAGCAGUUAAAUAGAUCAGUCAGUUGACCAUUUAUGGCCCUUCGUAUUCAAUCUUAAGUCUCCUAAUAGUAUGUGGAGCAUAUAUUGUCAAAGUGGAGCUUAUUCUUGCACGGACAAAUGCUGAAUCAGGAAGGAGUCUUUCGCAAUGCCUGCGUUGUGACACAAGGAAGGACACUCUUUGAAGAGAGGACCAUCGUUGGCCUAAGAGUUGUUAAAGACGCUCGGGAGUUUGACGAUCCAAGGAAUUGA